GGAGUUCGGACAGUCCAAGUCGACUGAGGGGAAAAGGACUCAAUGCCAUCCACUAGAUCGAAAAGUACUGACAGGCUGCUUUUUUUCGUCCCAUCCAUCUGUUCGUUUAAUGGAUCGACGAGCGUUCCCGUGCGCAGGGGUGGCGAUGCUGUCAGCCUGUCAGGGAUGUGACCUUCCCCAUUCCUCGUCCCGAUGCUACAGAGUCACCGACACGGAGGUGCCCGACAGCAAAUCAUAGAAAACAUGAAAUAAUCAAGUCGUCCCGGCUUUGAGGCUCUUAGCUUCUUUUUGUGCUUACCACGCCGUUCUUACAACCGCUCGUCAGAAGGUCUUUUCAGCUUCAUCAUCCUCCACGAUGCGUUGCGCAGUUGCCGCAGCUUUCCUUGCGGCCGGCGCCCAUGCGGCUGCCGUCACGCCUCUCGCUGCUCGAGUGACUUCUUCAAGUUCUUCUGGAGGCUGGGAGACGCGGUACACUGCCACCGGCUCCGCUGCUGUCGCUGCUGCUGCUGCCACAGCCAAGACCAGCAGCCCGACCAGCAAUGUCAAAGGCAAGGCUUUCGACCGCUUUGUCAUUAUCUGGAACGAGAAUACCGAUUACGACAAGGCUAUUGGCGAUCCCAACUUUGCAUGGCUCGCCAAGAAGGGCAUCACACUGUCUAACAACUUUGCUGUCACCCACCCUUCUGAGCCCAAUUACUUUGCAUCGGUCUCUGGAGAUUAUUUGGGAAUGAACAACGAUAACUUCAAUCGCGCCGAUCGCAAUGUUUCUACAGUGUUUGAUCUCCUGGACACACGAGGGAUCUCGUGGUCGACCUAUCAGGAAGACUUACCAUUCUCUGGCUUCGAAGGAAUGGCCUGGGUAAAUCAGACGACUGGAGCAAACGAUUAUGUUCGAAAGCAUAAUCCUCCAAUCUUCUUUGAUAGUGUUACCAGUUCGGAGCAGCGUCUCUCCCAGAUCAAGAACCUAUCUGUGAUCUAUCCCGAGCGUUCUUCAUUUCACAAGGACCUCAAGGCGAACAAGCUGCCGCAAUGGAUUUGGGUAGAACCCUCGAUGGUAAACACUGGUCACGAUUCCUCUGUCACUGUUUCUGGUGCUUGGAAUCGGAAAUUCCUUGAGCCGCUGCUCGAAGACAAGAACUUCAUGAACAACACAUUGGUGUUGGUCACAUGGGAUGAAAAUGAGACGUACACACAAAAGAACCGAAUUCUUGGCAUCCUUUUAGGAGAUGCAAUCCCUCAAGAGCUCGUUGGUACUACGGAUUCCAACUUCUACAACCAUUAUUCGGAGCUCGCCACAGUUGAGGCCAACUGGGACCUCCCGACUCUCGGCAGAUGGGAUGUCGGCGCCAACGUCUACAAGUUUGUCGCAGAAAAGACCAAGAGCGUCCUUCGCCAGUGGAGCAACACGUCUACGGUGCCCGAUCGCUACUUUAAUCAGUCGUAUGCUGGUUUCUUCAAUAGCAAAACGGCAAAGCAGUAUCCCAAGCCCAACUUGGCUCUGGACGAGAAUGCGGCUGGCAGGAAGAUUCUCGAGUCCGUCAAGGCUACCUGGAAAGACAGCAAAGCGCCUACAUACUACGAGGAUACUGUUCAGGUUCUGGAUGGGCUUAACCCGCCUCCUGGCUACAAGGCGUAAAGUCUCGGGACAAAGCACCUAGGAGAUACUAACAUUGUGAUAAUAACCUUUGUUAUUAUAACUAUCAGUAUAUAUCCCCUAGAUAAUAAAAAUAUAACAUAGAUAAAGUCUAAAUAUUUAGGUCCUGUAAAGCAUAUUUUUGAUUAGAAGCCUUUCUAUAGCGUGUUAUCUCUUAUAACCUUUUGAAUUUUUUUAUAAUACUUCGUUUAUUUUUUACCCUUUGUUAUUACCUCUAUUGUCAUUCUCUCAAGCAUACAUUCUCGAAUAUACGCACAUUCAUACAAGAUAAUAGACUACAGAGACGUCAGAGGCAGAUAGAGCGACAGAAGCAAGAGGCGCGACAGUACUAGAGGUACCGAUAACAAAGCCGCUCAGAGCGGGGGGCAACGAGAAUGGCAUCGGACUUGACCGGGCAAGAUCAACGACUCAGUCUCUCGAAUUCGUCACCUGGAUAGUACACUGC